ACGGCAUUUAGUUCGUAGUUUCGUGCACCGUUUACUUGACCGUGCAAAAGAGAAUAUUUUACAUGAGAUCAAAAUAUCAUGGCUCCUAUUUCCCUAAAAAAGGGCUUGAUAGAUGUCCUUGCAGGUGAACUUAUAAGACACAUCUUUGACGUAGAUAAACGAGAUGAAAACUUCAAGAUUGCACUGGAAUAUGUUAUGUCCAAUUUUAGAUUUCAUCGAUUUCUUGAUGUUAACCCUCUUGAUGUAUCAAGAUCAAUUGCUGGCCUCUGUUCAAAGUUUCGUGUCAAUUCACAGGACAAGAAAGCAACCCAUCUGGAGGAAUUAGUUGAUUUGUUUGUUAAUCAGCCACUUUUGGAAACAAAUAAGGAAGAAAAAGAGACACAGACUGAUGCACAUUAUUCACUGUUGGACUUUUUAUUGAGCCUAUCCAACAAUCCUCUUAACAGCAAAUUUGUCGCUCCAGAAGAAAAACGAAAGCAAAAUGCUACGGAUACUUUUGACUGGAAAACAUAUUUGUUAGAAGGAGAGGAAGAACUAAGUAUUGGUGCUGCAAUCAACGAGGAUGUAGAGAAGGAGCUUUAUAAUAGUGAUGAAGAAUUAUGGGCUUUUUCAGAAGAGGAAGUUAUUGAAGAAAUUGAAGAAGAUGAACACAUGUAUGCAGAAAUAGUAGAGCUGCAAAAAAAGUACAAAAGAGAAAAAAUUUGCGAUGUUAGCAAGGAAUUGGCAUGGUUAAACGAACACGUGGUGCCAUCAUAUUGGGUAAAGAAUGAAAGUUCGGAAUUUAAAAUUACUAAAUAUCGAUACAGCGUUAGUAACAGUAGAAUGUGUGAAAACUGGGAAAUAUUUAAAAGAGAAGAAGCCGAAAACAGGCAGGGACCUGGUUACCAACAGCUGAUAGAAAAACAACUUGUUAAAGAAACUCUGUGGAUGCUCCAGGGUGUAGAAAGUUUAUAUGUUUAUGUAUUUAAAGAUGGUUGCUACACUGUGAAUGAAAAUAUUGUUGUUAGCCAUUUAACCAAGGAAUCGUUAUCAAGCUACCUCCAUACUUUUACUUCUAUUGGCAACAAAGUCGUUGAGUUAAAGAAGUUUUCUUUCAACGUAACUCAGAAUGAAAAUGAGAUGUCUAAAACAUUUCGUGCUUUUGGAUAUGUGCUGGGCCGAUAUCUAUCGGAAAGAAAAGCUGAAAUGGCAAAACUUGAACAGUCGUUAAUUGAGCAAGAUGAGAUUAUUACAUUAGUUGUGUUAAAAGACAAAUUGUUGGAGGAUUCAGCUAAGGUGAACUGUGUUUAUCAGUUGUACACUGAUGCUGUAUUGAAAGGUCAUGUAUUGUAUUCAACUGUUACUGAAAGAGUUGUAUAUUUUCUGGACAUUUUUUUCGAUAUGUUAUGUGCUUACGAUUCACUUGGAGAUGCUGGUCUUGAUAAAGUGUUGAUUAUCCUUCCCAUGUUUUUGGACGUUUGCCAACCGUAUCUGUACGAUUUGGAACAGUGGAUGAUCAUGGGAAGACUGCCGAAUAGUAGUGAUGAAGAGUUUAUGAUAUACAGAGCUCAAGUUAUUGAACAAGGUGAAGCAAAUUACUGGGAAAACACAUACCGAAUAAAAGAAACAAUUGACAAAGUGGCUUUGCUUCCAAAGUUUAUCAAAGACGUUCAGAAACAGGUGUUGCUAGCUGGAAAAUCACUUGGUUUGUUAGAAGAAUUUGGAAAGUUUGCUACAAGCGUUCUAUCCAUCAAAUCACUGCAUGUUGAAUUUAAAGACAACCUCAAAAAAAUUUUGCAAGAAUCAAAUAACAGAUUUCUCAAAGGAAAAGAUUUCACCGUAACUGAGGAUGUUGUUGAUUUUGGAAAUGUUUUGAUUGAAGACCCCACAAUGGAUCCUCUUAUUCGAGAAAAUUUCAACAUGAUGUUUUUAAACAACUACAGGAAAUUAAAGAAACAAAAUGACAUCAUAAAAAAUGAUUCUCAAAGCGAGUAUGCUGCUUGGUUGCAACUGCUCAAAGAUGGAUCGUGUCGUCCUCCAAUCAAGUUAUUAAUUGAGCAAAGUUUAUUUCCUGCUAUUUUCAACAGAUAUGAUAAGGCAUGCGCAGUAUUGUUGGAACUAUUCAAAAAAGAAUGGGACUUAUUCAAACAUUUGGAAGUGAUGGAGAACUUCUUCUUGAUGGAGGCUGGUGGGACAAUGCAUACAUUUUAUUCAGAAAUAUUUCAAAAGGGCAAAAGAAAAGAAUUUUGGCAAGACAUGCCAUACUUGAAUAUCGUAAUGCAAGAUUCUCUUCAAAUAAAUUAUCCGCAUCUAAUGGGAAGUUUGACUGUUACCAUAGAAACGCCGGAUUAUAAUAACAAUGCCAAUCUAUUUGACUGCAUCUCGUUGCAUUAUAAGGCUCCCUGGCCAGUCACAAUAAUACUCGACAAUGAAACUGAACAGAAGUACAACCAGAUUUUUAAAUUCCUCAUGAAAAUUAAACGAGCUAUAUGGGCGUUAGAACAGUUGCGUUUCCAUGAUCUGACGUCAUCUGUGCCUCUCAACGAAUCGUCUGACUUGAAUUCGUCGAGUGAUGAAGACGAGCCAAUCAGAAGAGCGAAAAAGAAUGAUCAGUUGUUGUCUGCGAACCAACAAAAACUAAAAAAUCGAAUGUUGAUCCUUCGAAUGAAAAUGAUGCAUGUGAUUCGAAAUUUCCAUUUUUACUUGAUGACAAGGAUUCAAAAUGCUACUUGUGCAGAAUUUAAAUCAAAGGUUAUCGAGGCCAAGGAUUUGGACGAGAUAAUGGAACUUCAUCGGAAAUUUCUUCACAAUUUGAAGCAAAGAUGUUUUCUCCAUGAAAAAAUUGGUCGCUCCAGGGAAGCCAUCUUCAGAGUUCUAUCACUUGUGUUUGAUUUCGAGUUGCUAUGGUUAUCGAGUGUACACCGUAUAGAUAUGAGCAGAAUCAACACGAUUGAGAAAGACUUUAACCGUUGCACAUCAUUUCUGCACUCAUUCUUUAGCAGUCUGGCUAAGCGAGGCUCGUAUCCGCAUUUUGAAUUUCUUGCGCAGUCUUUAAAAACGGAAUCGCAAGGCCAUCAAGCAUUGUUUAGAAGAUGAAGAAGAACAAAUAUGACGCAUAAUUGGAGUAGAUUAUAUGCCGUAUUAGUUGGUCAAAACACUAAGUUAAAAGCAAUCAAAAAUUCUAAUAAGGUUGGAAUUUGUUGAAUCUCAGUGGAUGUACGGAAGUAAGAAGAAAAGCAAGAUUUUGCUAGACAAUUUUGUAAUGAAAAUGUAUCAAUGUAGAUGCUCUUGUAACAUAUCUUAAAUUUAUUUAUUAUAAAAUAAUCUAUCAGGGA